CUACUUCCGCUUCCUGUAAACACUGAGGAGGAAAAUAUGUGGUCAUAACGGCGUUACAUUUUCUCGAUGUCAUGCACGGAUUUCAGUUUAAUUUCUGUUAUUUGUCGUGAAGUGAUGCAUACAUAAGGUCCUGCCUGCGUGUGUGCAAAUAUAGCGAAAUAUGUCUACCAGAACGGCGAGGGGAAGACAAGCGCGUGGACGACGAUAACAUUACGAAAUUUAAUCAUAUGCUGCUUUCUUAUAAGGGGCGAUGUUUGGAUAUAAACAUUAGCAAGCUAGCAUUUACUUAAACAAGCUCGCUAUUUCACUACUGGUACAGAACAUUGGCAAGCAGUUACAUCGAUAUUCUAUUGUGUUGUGUCUUGUUUUAUUGGCAAUUGAAAGAUAAUUUGGCUGUGGAUAUAAGCGAAGAUAAACCGCUGACCUCGCAAGACAAUUACCGACUAAAAAAUGGAUAAAGAAGAAUCGGACCGAUUGAUAGAAAAAGCAAAACUGUGCUUGCGAUCCGGACGAAGAGAAAGAGCGCUCCAGUUAUUGUAUGAAGCGCAGAAAAUAUUCCCCAGUACACGGGCCAGAGUUCUGAUCGACGCGAUUUUGAGGAACGGCAGUGCGGCUGGAGAGGGGGGCCGCGGCCAUGACCCGCGGUACCGCCGCGGGAGCUUGGAGGAAGAGGAGGAGCCUGAGCGCGUCAGGGCAGGAAGUGACCGGAGCAAGGCGUACACGGAGGAGCAGCAGCAGGGCGUGCUCAGGAUAAAAAAAUGCAAGGACUUCUACGAGAUUCUGGGAGUGCCCAAGGACGCCAGCGACGAGGAUCUGAAGAAGGCGUACAGGAAGCUGGCGCUGCGCUUCCACCCGGACAAAAACUGCGCCCCCGGGGCCACCGAAGCCUUCAAAGCCAUAGGCAACGCGUACGCCGUCCUUAGCAACCCGGAGAAGCGCCUGCAGUACGACCAGGUCGGGGAAGCCCCGGCCCCGGAGAGCGCGCCCCAGCAGUCGGCCUACGCCCGGCACGGCCAUCACCGCAACUUCUACCGCGACUUCGAGGCGGACAUCUCGCCCGAGGAGCUCUUCAACGCCUUCUUCGGUGGACGGUUCCCCACAGGAAACAUCCACGUGUACAGCAACAGAGGAGCCACCUACGCACACUACUACCAGCCCCGCCGACGCCGGAUGAACGAGCGCAGAGAGGAGGGGGGAGACGGGGAUGACAACCGCACUCAGAACACCUUCACAGCCUUCCUGCAGCUCCUUCCUGUGCUGGUUCUGAUCCUCAUCUCCGUGGUGACGCAGCUGAUGGCCACCAACCCCGCUUAUAGCCUCUUCUACAAGCCGUCCAUGGGCCUGGUGGUUUCCCGGGAGACGCAGCACAUGGGCGUGCCGUACUACGUGGACAAGGGCUUCACCAAGGAGUACCGCGGCGCCGCCCUGCAGGACCUGGAGAAGAGUGUGGAGAGCGACUACGUGGAGCACCUGCAGAACAGCUGCUGGAAGGAGAAACAGCAGAAAUCGGACCUGGCGAACCUGGGCCAGCUGUACCGUGAUGAGCGGCUAAAGCAGAAGGCGGAGUCCAUGAAGCUGGAGAACUGCGACAAGCUGUACCGCAUCCUGGGCCGGCAGCGAGGCGAAUAGCCCAACGUGGGAGGCACGUAGUCAGCACACAGAAGCGUCACCUUUUGCGUUCGUAGCAGCGUUUUAUUUCUAUCUGGUUUAUUUACGUUUUUGUUUAACUUACCGCUUCAGGUAGCUCCUUCCGUUAGCAUGAGCAGUUUUGAGUACGAGCGUCUGGCUUUCUUUUCAGAAAGCGAUAAAGAGAGGAGGACACACAGCAUGGCAGCUCCCAACACUCUGGGAGCAGCUAGUUCUGCCUGUCAUAUCUUUGGAGUGAGGCAGGCUGGGUAGUGUAGUAUCUGCUCUGAUGAGGUCUGUUUUUAUUUCCUUACAUUAAGGAAUAGGGUUACCGAUAACAGCGACGCUCUGUCCACAUUUACUGUCAUAUCACAACCACCCUGUGUUUUACGAGCUUAUUAUUUAUUCAUUUAACUUAAAUUUAUUUGUCACAGGACACACUUUAUCUAUAUUUUAUUUAAAAACAUUUCUGCUGUGAAUUUUAGUUUUUUUUAUGGGAAGGUUAAAGCCAGAGGGCCUAAGUUUACCCUCGACUCCAGAGUCUGGUUUGAGGCGAUAAACACAGUACAUCCCCUUGUACCGACACGUCGGCACGUUUCAAAGGUUUCAGUGGCUAGAAGGGGGUGCCAAAAGCUUUAUUUAUUUUUAUUUGUUACAUUAUUCUCUGCACUUUUGAAAGGAUUUCAGUGUCCCUCAGCUCUCCUGAAUCCACUGCAUGUGGUAUCUGGGCGAUACCCAUCCCCCAGCACCUCUUAACCAUUUCCCAACAUUACUGUUUCCAUAUUUAUAGACAUAAUACUACAGUAUAAACCAUGCAGAAAAUCCAGAGAUCGAGUGUGUGUGUGUGUGCGCGUGUGAGCGAGAGAAUGGGGGAGUAUUAAAAGUAAUCCCUUUUCUAGGAUUUAUAAUAUUGUUCAUUAUGAGAGAGACAAUCCUUGGAAAAAGGUGUGUUUGUAUAAUGGGCUCUUUAUACAUUACAUGUUCAAAAUCUGAUGGAUUGAUUUGUCCUGUUUUGUCAUUUUUUGAGCUAGUAGUCUGCUUAAUUUAACCUUUGACCCACCUAGUCACUGUCAGACAUAUAUACCCUGUACUAACAGCGAUGGGUGGACUGCACUGAAAUUGAAAAAAUGAAUAAUUUGUCUGAAGGAGAGGGGUGUGGUCCACGGUCAGCUCUGCGUGUGUGUGUGUGCGCGCGCGUGCAGAUGUAUGUGGGUGAGUGUGUUUUUUUCCCCCGUCCGUUAAGUUGAACCGUGGUAUUCAGCUAAUUUAUGCUGAGCAAAGUUUUGUUGUGGUUUAAUAAAAUGUAACACAGUA